CUGUAUUUCACCUCACGACUACACGCACGACUACCAAGUUUUGAAUCAGAAUGGAGAUUGUGAUUGGACUUAUCGUGACGGUCGUCUUCAUUGCACUCGCCCUCGCGCUGCUCAUGUUUGUCGCCAAUCGGAAGCAGUGGCACGGGUGGAAGGAGCUGCACCAACACCACGUCCUAGAGUCCCACCUCGUCAAGGCCCGAUGGCUGCUCAGCUGGCGCGCAUUCUGCUUUGUCUACUGCGUCGUCAUUUGGAUUUACACGUUGGCUGUAUCGGGCAACAAGGGUGGAUUCUUUAGCUUUUACACCAUCUGGAACUACUCGAUGCUCACCGUCUACUUUGGGAGUGCCACAUUCUACACAUUGUCGCACAGAAACGUGCACACUCCGACCCCUGUCGAACUGUUCUGGCGCCGUUCCAUUUGGGUGCUGUUCGAAAUCUGCUUGGUGAUGGCAACACUCGUCGAUGCUGUGACAUGGGCUAUUUUGUAUCCACAGUCCGUCCGAGACGAUAACACAGACCUCGUCCUGAACGUCAGCAGCUACCACAUUCACGCCCUCAACUUUGUCUUCAUUCUGGUUGACGGCAUCAUGAACAAUUUCGUCUUUAUGCCGUCCCAUUCUCUGUUUGUGUGCCUCUGGGGGUUUGCCUACGCCAUGUUUGCAUGGGCGUACUAUGCUGGUACUGGCGUCUGGAAUUAUUCCUUCUUGGACACGAGCAAAUCCGUGGCACCCUUGUGGUAUAUUGGCUUGCUAAUUGGCCAUGCAGCGCUGUUCUUGCUAUUCUGGCUCGUCGUUCGCAAACUCAAAGCCCCGCGACUAACUGUCUACGAGACCCCCAGCGAUCUAACCAUGCCGCUGACUGCAGAGAGGGAAGCGGAGUAAACCUUUCGAGUCAUAUUUGUACCUGUCUCCCGUCCGUUUUGUUUUUGUUCUCAGGUGUUGUUGCUCUACUAGUGUUGAAUUUUCGUUGUGAGGUCUACAGCCAACAUGUACUUUGUAUGUAUUGAGUUUGACAAACCAUGUUCACCAUUCA